ACUGUGUGCAAAAAGAAAGUGUGAAUAUUUAAAAAAUAAAAAAAAUAAAUUAAAAGUCUAACUUUGAUUUAAAGAAACAGAGAAAAACUAAUAAUUUCACAAAAUGGUUUACAAACAGACAUUUACGCAUACGAAAGUAAAGAAAAGCGCCCAUGCCUGGUAUUACAUGUUCGCGCUUUAUCUUUGCCUCCUGCUGCACGUCUGUCAUGCCGGUACUGAGAAUCUCACCAGCUUUCCAUACACACAGCAAGGAUUAGCUGCAGCUGCAUUAUCAGCAGCCGCUUCAGCAAACAAAUCUCCCGUAGCAGCAGCAACAUCAUCAUCAUCAUCAUCAUCAGCAUCUCCUGCUACGUCUGCCUCAAACACAGCUAAUGCCGGCACCCGCACAGUUCUACGCAUUUACGAUGAGUGCAGUCACUCGGUUGGUGGUUUUGCGCCAUGCCUUAAGAAGAAGGCCAUCUCCUUCAUUGAUCGCAUAUCGCACAUCGAUGCAAUCAGCGUAGCGGAUGGCAUUAAAUUGGUGCGUUUGCCAAAUAGUGUUGCCGCCUCUGCCGUGGCGCCUCUACCCCUGCGACCCCUCUACAGUGAGAAUGAGCUGGAGUCGUCGCUGUCACGCUCCAGUGAUGAUCGCGAUACGAAAUUGACAAAUAUGCUUAUUGAACGUUUGAGCUACUUUUUUAACGGUCACACGUUACAAGUGAAUUUCCCCAAGCUGACAGCUGAGGAAAUUGGCCGUGGAUUGGAAGAAGGUCGCGGUAAAAUGAAGAAAAUGAUGAGCAUGAUGAUGAUGGGCAUGGCUAUGAAAAUGAUCGGCAUGCUGCCCGUCGCUAUGGGUAUGCUCUACAUGAUGGCCGGCAAAGCAUUGAUCGUCUCGAAGAUUGCUCUGCUCAUGGCCGGCAUGAUGGGUCUGAAGAAAUUGAUGUCCGGACGUGGUGGUGGUGGCGGUGGCUCUUCGGGUUGGUCAUCUGGCGGUGGUGGUGGUGGCGGCUGGUCUUCGGGCGGUGGUUAUGAUCGACGUUCACUGAAUGAGGCUCAUGAUUUGGCUUAUCGGGGUUAUAGUAAUAAGCACGUGGCGGCUGGUGUAUAUGCGCAACAGAAUCAACAACAUCAACAACAACAACAACUGCAGCAACAGCAAUCAAAACAACUACAACAUCAGCAACAACAACCGUUAUCGUUACAACAACAG